CAAUUUUUGUUUCUUCAGGGUGAAUAUAAUGGACCUCAAGUACUCAGCAUCUCACUGCAACUUAUCUCCAGACAUCAUGAAGCAUCAUAGAGGGAAAGAAAGAGAUGAAGAGUAUGAUGCUUCUUCUCUCAGCUUGAACAACUUGUCAAAGCUUAUUCUUCCUCCUCUUGGUGUUGCAAGUUAUAACCAAAAUCACAUCAUUUCUAGUGGAUGGGUCAUCUCACCCAUGGAUUCAAGAUACAGGGGGUGGGAAUCAUUUAUGGUGCUUCUUGUUGCAUACUCUGCGUGGGUUUACCCGUUUGAAGUCGCGUUUCUGAACUCCUCACCAAAGAGGAAUCUUUGCAUCGCAGACAACAUUGUAGACUUGUUCUUCGCUGUUGACAUUGUCUUGACGUUCUUCGUUGCUUACAUAGACCGAAGAACACAGCUUCUUGUCCGUGAACCUAAGCAAAUUGCAGUGAGGUACCUUUCUACGUGGUUCUUGAUGGAUGUUGCAUCAACUAUACCCUUUGAUGCAAUCGGAUACUUAGUCACCGGCACAGGCAAGUUGAAUCUCACUUGUAAUAUCUUAGGACUGCUCAGGUUCUGGAGACUCCGACGCGUCAAACACCUCUUCACAAGAUUAGAGAAGGACAUAAGAUUCAGCUACUUCUGUAUUCGUUGCAUUCGACUUCUAUCCGUAACGUUGUUUCUAGUGCAUUGUGCUGGAUGCAUUUAUUACCUACUAGCAGACAGAUAUCCACAUGGAAAGACAUGGAUAGACGCAAUCCCUAGUAUUAGAGACAAAAGCCUUUCCAUCAAGUACAUUGCAGCCAUUUAUUGGUCUAUCACAACGAUGACCACUGUUGGAUAUGGAGAUCUACAUGCUAGCAACACUACUGAGAUGUUGUUUAUCAUAGUCUAUAUGUUAUUCAAUCUCGGCCUCACUGCUUAUCUUAUUGGUAACAUGACUAAUUUGGUUGUGGAAGGGACUCGUCGUACUAUGGAAUUUAGAAAUAGCAUUCAAGCAGCGUCGAAUUUUGUAAACAGAAACAGAUUGCCUCCAAGAUUGAAAGACCAGAUACUAGCUUACAUGUGUUUGAGGUUUAAAGCAGAGAGUUUAAAUCAGCAACAUGUGAUUGAUCAGCUCCCAAAAUCUAUCCACAAGAGCAUUUGUCAACAUCUUUUUCUUCCAUCUGUUGAAAAAGUUUACCUCUUCAAAGGCGUCUCACGAGAGAUACUUCUUCUCCUGGUUUCUAAAAUGAAGGCUGAGUAUAUACCACCAAGAGAGGAUGUCAUCAUGCAAAACGAGGCACCAGAUGAUGUUUACAUAAUUGUAUCAGGAGAAGUUGAGAUCAUAGACUCAGAGAUGGAGAGAGAUAACGUGCUAGGCACGCUAAGAUGUGGAGACAUAUUUGGAGAAGUUGGAGCACUUUGUUGCAGACCUCAGAGCUACACUUUUCAAACAAAGUCUCUCUCGCAGCUUCUCCGGCUCAAAACAUCUUUCCUUAUUGAGACUAUGCAGAUUAAGCAACAAGACAAUGCCGUAAUGCUCAAGAACUUCUUGCAGCAUCACAAGAAGCUGAGUGAUUUAGACGUUGGUGACCUUAGUGCACAACAAAAUGGAGAGGACGAUGAUGGUUCACCAAACAUUGCCUCAAAUCUUAUCACUGUUGUGUCUACAGGCAAUGCAGCACUUCUUGAUGAGAUACUCAAGGCUAAGUUAAGCCCUGACAUUACAGAUUCCAAAGGAAAAACUCCACUGCAUAUAGCAGCCUCUAAAGGGUAUGAAGAUUGUGUUCUAGUACUCCUAAAGCAUGGAUGCAACAUUCACAUAAGAGAUGUGAGUGGUAACACAGCUCUAUGGGAAGCAAUCUCAAAGAAGCAUCAGCCAAUAUUCAGAAUCCUUUAUCAUUUCGCAGCUAUAUCGGAUCCACACGUAGCUGGAGAUCUUCUGUGUGAAGCUGUGAGACAGAACAAUGUAGAGGUCGUCAAGGAUCUUCUGAAACAGGGGAUCAAUGUUGACACAAAGGACCACCAUGGUUUCACAGCUUUGCAUGUCGCUAUGGCCGAGAACCAGAUGGAUAUGGUUAAUCUCCUAACUAUGAACGGUGCAGAUGUGGUUGGUGUCAACACUAGUGAGUUCACACCUUUGGAGAAGUUAAGACUUGUGGAGAAAGAUAAAGAAAGAGUGAGCAUUUUCAGAGGAGAUCCAUUGGAGAGAAAAGCAACAAGUUGCAAUGAAGCUGGGGUGCUUAUCUUGCUUCCUCCUUCACUUGAUGAUCUCAAGAAAAUUGCAGGUAAACACAUAAAUUUUACACAGUCCUACCGACCGGUUAUGUUGGUAAACUCAAUGAACCAAUAUUCGGAUUUAGUUUUUGUCUUUUGGGUCUUUUAUUGGCCGGUUCUUGUUCUGAUGGGGGUACAUGAGAUCAGGACUAGAUUGUAA